AUGCGCCGCAGGAAGGAGCCGUGGAAGAUCAAAGCGAGUGUUUCCCUCAAUGAAGAUUUUUUUUGUCCCACACUGAAUAAAGCGGAGAAGGCCUGGAAACCGUCAGUGAAGCGCAGUGACCGCACCGAUGAGGACAAGUCAGAGUUCUUGAAGACGCAGGAGCUGUACAAACGUGUGUGGAGAGUGUUGAAUCAACUGACGCCGCAGAUGUUCCAGCCGCUGAUGAAGCAGGUGAUGAAACUGACCAUCAACACAGAGGAGCGCCUGAAAGGAGUGAUCGACCUCAUCUAUGAGAAGGCCAUCUCUGAGCCCGACUCCUCUGAAGCCUGCGCCAACAUGUGCCGCUGCCUUAUGGGGCUGAAAGUUCCCACCACGGAGAAACCUGGAGAGACGUUGAAUUUCAGGAAGCUGCUGCUGAAUCGUUGUCAGAAAGAGUUUGAGAAGGAAAAAGAUGAUGAUACGUUUGAGAAGCAGAAGGAGCUGGAUGCUGCUACAGGGGAAGAGGAGAAGCAGAGGUUGAAGGAGGACCUUGAGGAUGCCAAAGAAAAAGCCCGCCGACGGUCUCUAGGCAACAUCAAGUUCAUUGGCGAGCUGUUCAAGCUGAGGAUGCUGACUGAAGCCAUCAUGCACGACUGCAUCGUCACACUGCUUAAGAGACACGACGAGGAGGAGAGUCUGGAGUGUGUCUGCUGCCUGCUCUCCAGCACCUGGAAACAUCUGGACCACGAGAAGGCCAAGCCCCGAAUGGAUCAAUAUAUAAACACGAUGGAGAAAAUUAUUAAGGAGCGGAAAACCUCUUCCAGAAUUUGCUUCAUGCUGCAGGACGUUCUUGAUUUACGACGGUUAAACCGUGGAAAUAGACUCUGAGUGUGUGAUUAUUUACUUCCUUAUUUCUUAUUCAUGGCAUUAUUGUGAACAGUUCAUUAAUGCACAUUAUUCUAAAAUAAAAUUUUUGGUGCUUUAAACUUUUAAUUAAAAUGAAAUAACUCGAAACUAAGGUAAAAUUUGGGAAUAUAAUGUUUUUUUUUUUUUAAUGUUUUUGAAUGAAGUCUCUUCUGCUCACCAUGUCUGCAUUUAUUUGAUCAAAAAUACAGUAAAAUUGUGAAAUAUUAUUAUAAUUUAA